AUGACCUUUCCAAUUUCUUAUUUUUUAUUCUUUUGUACCUUAUUAACUGGUACCUCUUUAUCAAUUUGUUCCUCCUCCUGAUUUGGGGCUUGAAUUGGGCUUGAAUUGAAUCUGCUCUCAUUUAUCCCCCUAAUUGCAAUCAAAUUAUGUCCUUAUUCAACAGAAGCUGCAAUUAAAUACUUUUUAAUUCAAGCUAUAGCAUCAACAAUCUUAAUUAUAUCUAGAUCUAUACACAUAUUUUCAAAUGAUUUUUCCUAUAUCCUAAUUACUUUAUCUUUACUUUUAAAAUUAGGUGCGGCUCCACUACAUUUCUGAUUUCCCCAAGUUAUCGAAGGUCUGACUUGACCUCAAGCUUUUAUUCUUUUAACAAUUCAAAAACUAGCUCCAAUAUUUUUAAUCUCUUAUUUAACAUAUUCCUCUAAUCUUAUCUUCAUAAUUACCCUGGCAGCUAUUCUUUCUUCUCUUAUUGGAGCCUUAGGUGGAUUAAAUAUUAUGAAACUACGUAAACUUAUAGCUUUCUCUUCUAUUAAUCACAUAUCUUGGAUACUUAUUGCUAUAACUAUUAAUGACAUAAUAUGACUGACAUAUUUUUUAUUUUAUUCUUUCAUUUCAGGAUCUGUUAUUAUUCUUCUUCAUUCAACUCAAACCUAUUCGAUUUCUAAUCUAAUAAAUCAAAAUAAAAACAGUUCUAUUCUUAACCUUCUUCUUCCUUUAAAUCUUCUAUCACUUGGCGGCCUACCUCCUUUUAUAGGAUUUUCACCUAAAUGGAUUAUAAUUCAACUUCUUUCUUCUAAAAUAAUAAUUUUUUCUCUCUUGGUGAUCCUAUUUUCUAGUUUAAUUACUCUUUACUUCUAUCUACGUAUUUUUAUCCCAAUAAUUUUAUUAUCUUUUCCUUCAUUUUCCUCCCUUUUAAAAAUUAAAUCCUUAUGAGCUUUCUCUCCAUUUUUAGCUAUUUUUACAUUUAUUAAUAUAUUUGGAUUAUGUUUACCAAUCCCAUUUUCAAUUU